AUGAUCGAUACUCUGAUGAUGGCAUAUACUGUAGAGAUGGUCAGCGUUGAGAAAGUGAUGGCAUGCACUCAGCAGUAUUCAUCCUUCUUCCAAGCUACAGAUCUACCCUAUGACAUUGAGGAUGCUGUCAUGUACUGGAUAAACAAGGUAAAUGAACAUUUGAAAGACAUAAUGGAACAGGAACAAAAACUGAAAGAGCAUAUCGGUGCAGAAUCUGCAGGAAGUCAAAAGGCUCGUUACAGGAAGGAGCAAACGCUGCUUAAACAGCUGCCCUGUAUUCCAUUGGUGGAGAAUCUGCUGAAGGAUGGUACAGAUGGUUGUGCUCUAGCAGCCCUGAUCCACUUCUACUGUCCAGAUAUCGUUAAACUAGAGGAUAUUUGUUUGAAAGAGACAAUGUCUUUGGCUGACAGCCUGUAUAAUCUACAGUUAAUUCAAGAAUUUUGUCAAGAAUACCUUAACCAGUGUUGCCAUUUCAGUCUUGAGGAUAUGCUCUAUGCAGCUUCUUCAAUAAAGAGCAACUACAUGGUGUUCAUGGCAGAAUUGUUCUGGUGGUUUGAGGUGGUGAAGCCGUCGUUUGUCCAGCCUCGUGGUGUUGUGCAUCCCCAAGCUGAACCCGCAAAAGAUGCAGCUUCUGCGCACAGCUUGAAUGCUAACAGAAGAAACUAUGUGGAUGGCCCAUCUGGUUCUGACUUUGUAGCCAGGUAAUGUCAGAGAA